AUGCCUCGUGCAGCUUCUGGAACGUCGAAGAAAGCAACCAAAGAUCCAAAUGCUCCAAAACGACCAUUAUCAGCAUUCUUUCUCUUUUCACAAGAUGAACGACCUGACAUUAAGAAAAAGAAUCCAUCCUUGUCUGUUGGAGACAUUUCCAAAGAAAUCGGUGCACGAUGGAAAAAAGUCAGUGAUGAUGUGAAAAAACGUUAUGAACAAAAAGCAGGUGUAGAAAAACAAAAGUACGAACAACGUCUUUCGGAAUACAAAAAGAGUGGUGGCGGUGGCGGUUCACCGGCUAAAGCCACUAAAGGUGCAGCAAAAGCACCAGCCAAGAAAUCACCAAAGAAAGCAGCACCGAAGAAGGGCGCAUCGAAAGCAAAGUCAUCGGAUGAAGACAAUGACGACGACGAUGACGAAGACGACGAUGAUGAUGAAGAUUAA